UGGCCUUUUGUCGUAGUUUCAAUUGUCUCAGUCCGAUUGUCGUAUUUUUCAUUAAAGGAAAAGGAACACUAAAGUCGAGAUUCUCUUUGUUAAGUUUUGUGUUAAAUUUUGUGUUGUUAAUUUAUUUUUCAGUUAAAUUCUUGAUAUACGAUGGCACUUGUUUUUGAAAGCGAAGAUAUUGCAUAUGAGGAAGAUAUAAUUCGAAAUCCUGGAUUGCUUCGUCCAUGGGAACGAUAUAUUGACCAUAAAAUUAAAACAAAAGCUGAUCCAAAACAAGUUCGAAUUAUUUUUGAAAGAGCUCUGAAAAUAUUUAAUAGAAGCUAUAAACUUUGGUAUAAUUAUUUGAAGUAUAGAAGAAGAACAAUUGCACAUAAACCACCAACAGAUAUUGCUUAUUUACAUCUUUCUGAUGCUUAUGAAAGAUGUUUAGUAUUUCUUAAUAAGAUGCCUAGAAUUUGGUAUGAUUAUUGCAAUUUAAUGGUUCGACGUGGGUUAAUAGCUGAUACACGAAAAGUAUUUGAUCGAGCUCUUAGAGCUUUACCAAUUACUCAACAUAUGAGAAUUUGGCCACUUUAUAUAGAAUUUGUUGUUAAACAUAAUAUUCCUGAAACAGCUAUUAGAGUUUAUAGAAGACAUUUAAAAGUUUAUCCAUUUGCUAGAGAAGAUUAUAUUGAAUAUUUGAAACAAAUUGAUAAAUUAGAUGAAGCUGCACAACAAAUUGCAAUUUUAGUUAAUGAAGAUAGACCUGUCAGUGAAAAAGGCAAAACUGGACAUCAACUUUGGACGGAACUUUGCGAUUUAAUUUCUAAAAAUCCAAAUAAAGUUUAUUCCCUUCAAGUAGAGCCAAUUAUUCGUCAAGGAAUUUCUCGCUAUACUGAUCAAGUUGGAAUGCUCUGGUUACACCUUGCUGAAUAUUAUAUUAGAGCAUCGAAUUUUGAAAAAGCCCGUGACAUUUUUGAGGAAGCAAUUAGUGUGGUUAAGACAGUCAGAGAUUUUACACAAAUUUUUGAUGCAUAUAGUAAAUUUAUGGAAAGAAUUACUUCCCUAAAAAUGAAAGAACUUGAACAAUGUAAUUCUACACAUACAGCAAAAAUUGAAUUAGAAUUGGAAUUAUUAAUGACCCGUUUUGAACAUUUAAUGAAUAGGAGGCCUCUUUUGUUAAAUAGUGUUCUUCUUCGCCAAAAUCCUCAUAAUGUCCAUGAAUGGUUAAACAGAGUUCAAAUAUAUGAAGGAGAUCUUGAAAGUCAAACUUCUACAUUUGAAGAGGCGGUCAAAGCAAUUGAUCCAAAACAUCAAAUUGGUAAAUUAAGCCAACUUUGGAUUUCUUAUGCAAAAUUAUUUGAGAAAUAUAAAAAGUACACCGAGGCAAGACAAAUUUACGAAAGAGCGGUAAAAAUAAAUUUUGCUCGUGUUGAUGAGCUUGCUCAGAUUUGGUGUGAUUAUGUUGAAUUUGAGCUUUUACAUAGCGAUUAUUCUGCGGCUGUUUCUAUUUUAAAAAGAGCUACUUCUGUUCCUGCUCGACGUGGUCAAUAUUUUGACGAAACAGAUAAUAUACAAACGCGUGUUAGUCGGUCUCUUAAACUUUGGUCUUUAUAUGCGGAUAUUGAAGAAUCAAUUGGAACUUUGCAAAGUUGUGCGGAAAUUUAUGAUAAAAUGAUGGAACUUCGAAUAGCUACACCUCAAAUUAUCAUAAAUUAUGCUUUGUUUCUUGAACAAAACAAUUAUUUUGAAGAAUCCUUUAGAGCCUUUGAAAAAGGAAUUGGUUUAUUUCAUUGGCCUUUAGUUUUUGAUAUUUGGAAUGUUUAUUUAACUAAAUUUAUUAAUCGAUAUGGAGGGAAGAAAUUGGAGCGUGCAAGAGAUUUAUUUGAACAAUGUUUAGAAAAAUGCCCCCCAAAAUAUGCGAGAGAUAUUUACUUACUUUAUGCACAAUAUGAAGAGGAACAUGGAUUGGCAAGACGAGCAAUGGAAAUUUAUAAUAAAGCUACGGAUGCUGUUGAUAAAGACGAAAAACAUUUGAUUUACAAUGUCUACAUCAAAAAAGCGAUGGAAUUUUAUGGAAUUACAAAAACCCGACCAAUAUUUGAAUCAGCAAUUGAAAGGCUUCCUGAAAAUCGUUCAAGAGAGAUGAGUUUAAGAUAUGCACAAGUUGAAAGGAAUUUGGGUGAAAUUGAUCGUGCAAGAGCUAUUUAUGCACAUUGUGCUGAAAUAUGUGAUCCUAGAGUUCAUUCAGAUUUUUGGGAAACUUGGAAAGAGUUUGAAGUUAAACAUGGAAAUGAAGAUACAAUUAGGGAAAUGUUACGAAUGAAACGUUCAGUUCAAGCAACAUUCAAUACAAGUGUUAAUUAUAUGAGUGCUCAAAUGCUUGCUUCUCUUGGUGGUAAAGCUGAAAUGGCUGGAGAAUUAAGUGCUGCUGAUUCAAUGGCACAGUUAGAGGCAAGAGCUUCUCAAAUUGCUCAAGAGGAGGCUGCAAUUUCUGCAAGAAAAUUAGCUCCUUCUGAAGAUGGAAGAAUAUCUUUUGUUCGUGGAGAGAUUAAAACAAAUAAAGAAAAGACUGCCGAAAAUCCGGAAGAAAUUGACAUUGGAGAUAUUGAAGAAGGAAUGGAAACUGAAUCAAAUAACAAUGAUUCUGUCUUACUCGAAUUAUUGUUAACAAUAGCUAGGCCUUCACUAACUACUACAGAUUUUGUUCGCCCUUAUCGAUCAGAAACUGCUAGGUGUGAAAAUGGGUUUGAAAGUUCAGAAAAGGCGCAAGAUUUGGCUCGUAUUUUAAUGGAUAACUAUUCUAGGAGUGCUUUACCUGAGCCAGCUCCUGUUAAUGUGCAUGUUGAGAUAACAAUACAAGAUAUAUCUGAUAUUUCAGCAAUAAGUGGGACUUUUGUUAUAGAUUUUUGGAUUUCUGCAAUUUGGAUACUCGACUUAAAUUUUCACAUAUUGACCCUUGCCGUCGAAAUUUAUCAUUAGAUC